GAAUGUUUUUUAAAUUAAGUCAUACAUUAAAUAAAAGGAUUAAUGGUUAACAUUAGCUAAAAUCCAGUUGCUUCAAACGUAAUUUGUCCAACUUCAGCAUCAUUACUGGGAAUUUAUAGUGGUACGAAAAAUUGCCGUUUUGUGCUUAAAAAACUAUUGAUGGAAAUGGCAAGGGUUUGUCUGCGAAAAUAAUUACAAUUUAUUGCAUAUUUUAUUUUUACAAAAAUGUUUUGAACAAAACGUCAUUUUGGAAAAGAAUGACAAUGUCCGUUCACGCAGCCAUUGUGCAGAGGUGACUGCAGUGAAAAAUAAAAACAAAAACGGAAAACCCAGAAAAAAGCAAAUAGGAAAGGAAAGCAGAGAAAACAGAAUAAACGUUGGUGGCUGGGACAGAUAAAAGUUGUGCUUUCUUUUAGUUACAGCCACCGCAUUAAUCUCCCUAUGGGCACUAGAUACUUUGCCAAUCCGUUUCCGGAUUAUGGGGGCGGGCCGAUUCAGCGAUGCGAUGACCACAUUAAGGGAUUGAUACAGUCCUACGUUAAUUUGAUAGUUGAAAACACCAAACCCGACCGUAACACAGACCAGCGCGGUGACCUAUACGUGGGCGAUGCUGGCAUCGCUUACAUGUUCUUGAAGCUGCACGACGCCGGCAUAUUCGGACAGGAAGCUUUGCAGUACGCCAAGCAGUACAUAGUAAAUGCCAAAGCACUGGCUGCACGGUAUGCGGGACGACCGGAGGAACGUUGCUCGUUUCUGUGUGGCAAUGCAGGUGUGUAUGCGGUUUCUGCAGCCAUUGCCCAUCGGCACAAUGCCAAGCAAGAGAUGGACGAAGAUUUGCGUUGCUUCGCAACCGGUAUUGAGGUUUGCAAGCGGCUCGACUUCAACAAGAAUGGUAGCGAUGAGAUACUUUUCGGCCGGGCUGGUUAUCUGUCUGGCGUCUAUUGGCUGCACCAGACCAUCGAACGUAAACUCUUUUCCCAGGAAAUCCUCACCGUCAUUUGUGCCAUCAUCCUCGAGAGUGGCAAACGCCACCGGAACGGUCUUCUACCUCUCUAUUAUCAGUGCUAUGGGGACGAUUACCUCGGGGCCGCUCACGGCACCUCGGCGAUCAUGCAUAUGCUGCUCGAGUCACCAUUGCAGCUGAACCUGAGCAGUGUGGAAAUGUCGUUAGUGAAGAAUACGGUCGACGGGUUGCUCGGACUGCAGGACAGCGAGGGUAACUUUCCGACCACGCUGCAAGAUUGCGUCAGACGCACACGCAGCGAAUCGCUUGUGCACUGGUGCCACGGAGCAGCCGGUAUAGUGUAUCUGAUGGCCAAAGCAUAUCUUGUGUUUCAAGAGCAGCGCUAUUUACAAUCCUGCAUCCGGAGCGCGGACUUAGUCUGGCGGAAAGGGCUGCUGAGAAAAGGUCCUGGCAUCUGCCAUGGAGUGGCGGGCAGCGGGUACGUUUUCCUGUUGCUCUACCGGCUAACGUCCGAUCCGAAGUAUCUGCAUCGGGCUCUGAAGUUUAUGGAGUUCUUAACGCACGAGGAAUUCAUUCGAAACGCACGAAACCCGGACUGCCCGUUCAGCUUGUACGAGGGUUACGCUGGUACGGUGUGCUUUCUGAUCGAUCUGCUGCGCCCCGAAAAGGCCGCCUUCCCAUUUAUGGAUGUGUUUGAAAAGAAAUUCUAAAUUUUAAAUAUGUAGGACUAUAUCCCGAACAGCAAUUUCGCUCCAACGGGCGUGUAUAGGUCGUGUGCCGUGUUUACGAUCACUAGAGUCGUCUUCCUGCGAGGAGAGCACGUGGUGACGACAUUUCAUUCGUCGGUACAUCGAAAGGAUAUUGUAGUAGUUGAUCGGAAACAGAUACACACGUGCUCGCAACGAGCCAGUAGAAUAUGUAGUAGCAUAGAAAUCAUCAUAGCACAAAACAUGUUGGAUAAAAGCAAAAAAAAAAAACAAAACACUCACGGUAGUCCACCCUGUCUGGUGUCAUCUAAUGUGCUCAAACCCUUUCUGAAUUUUCUGAAACUGAGUGUUAUCAUACGGAGGGAACCAUUGUAUGCAAAUUAACGAAAGCGGAUAGACAUCAAUCAGCAAGACUAUAAAAAAGACAUCUUCACUAAAUGGCCACCGUGUGGUUCGCUAUCGCUUAUCGGACGGACGCAAAAUAAAAACCAAACAAACUGCCAUUUAGUAGUGCUCUAGCAAAAGCAGCAGAAAGAGUAGAGAAUGGAAAUACCAGAAAAGUAUUUUGCAAAUGAUAAACAAAAACCGACCCGUAGCCAAACCAGUAAAUACUAUUGUACUUUGUGCACCGUGGCACGUUGCAGUUGUGAUUCGUAAGUAAUUUAUCUUAUCCUAGUCUGUAAAAAAAAGAAACACAUGAACCGUACUGCUUCUAACGAACGAAAAACAUAUGUAAGUGACCGGAUGGCUGCCACGAGUCGGACAGUAUCGGGGAGAAAUCAUCAGGUAUCUGAAUAAUCGUUACUUAAAAAUGAACACACUUUGCGCCACUGCUGCGUGUAUGCGUGUCCUUUGCGUAGGUUGGAGUAGGUUUCUACCGUACCGUCUAGGCGAUUAGGUCUUUAGGUCAGCAUUUAGAACACAUCAUUAGCUAGCCGGUGAACGUUGUCUUGUGUGCGGUUGAUGGAAAAGAAUCUGAAUCAUGGCUGUUUGUCCUGUUUGCUGUAAGUUUAAGUAAUUGAAUUAAAAUUGACGAUUGCUGAUAUAUCGUUUUUGGGAUGAAAUAAAGUUAAUCAUAUGACAUGUUCAUUCGACACAAUA